GUACCAUGGACCUAGAAGAGUUCAGGACGCGCGGCAAAGAGAUGGUCGACUACAUCUGCGCAUACAUGGAACAGUUGAGAGAUCAGAGGGUCACACCAGACCAAGAACCCGGCUACUUGAAACGUUUGAUCCCAGAUGAGGCUCCGUUCGAGCCCGAAACUUGGGAGAGGAUUAUGGACGACGUCGACACCAAGAUAAUGCCGGGUCUCACCCACUGGCAGCACCCGGAUUUCCACGCUUACUUUCCCAGUGGUAACUCCUACCCGUCGAUACUGGCCGAUAUGUUGUCCAACGCCGUGGGGUGCAUCGGCUUCUCGUGGGCGGCGAGUCCCGCGUGCACCGAACUGGAGACCAUCGUCAUGGACUGGUUCGGCAAAGCCAUCGGCUUACCGGACGACUUCAUCGCCUCGCGCAAACCCGGAGGCUCCGGCCCAGGUGGAGGCGUCAUCCAGACCUCCGCCAGCGAGUGCGUCCUCAUCUCGAUGCUGGCCGCUAGGAACCAAGCCAUCCAACACCUGAAACGGAACUCCGGAGACGUGGAAGACAGCGCUUUCCUCCCUAAGCUGGUAGCUUACUGCUCCGAGGAGGCUCACUCCUGCGUGGAGAAGGCCGCCAAAAUACUACUGGUCAAGCUGAGGAUCCUCCAAGCAGACGGGAACGGCUCGUUGACGAAGGACACUCUCGCCGACGCGAUGGCCGAGGACAAGGCCGACGGUCUGUUCCCGUUUUUCGUGUCAGCCAUUUUGGGAUCGACGUCGAGCUGUUCCUUCGACGACCUGCGGGAAAUCGGGCCGGUCUGCAAACGCGAGUCGAGCGUUUGGCUCCACGUAGACGCCGCGUAUGCCGGGAACGCGUUCAUCUGUCCCGAGCUUAAAAAGUACUUGGAUGGGAUAGAGUACGCCGACUCGUUCAACACCAACCCCAACAAGUGGCUGCUGGUCAAUUUUGACUGUUCCUGUCUUUGGGUGCGCAGCAGGGUAAAACUGACGUCGGCGUUAGUGGUGGACCCGCUCUACCUCCAGCACGCCAAUUCCGAUGAAGCGAUCGACUACAGACACUGGGGCAUACCUCUGAGCAGAAGGUUCAGGUCGUUGAAGCUGUGGUUCGUGCUGAGAAAGUACGGAUUGUCCGGUCUACAGAAAUACAUCCGGAACCACAUCAGACUGGCCAAACAUUUCGAGACGCUCGUCAGGAAGGACCAUCGCUUCGAGGUGGUCAACGAUGUGAGACUCGGGCUGGUGUGUUUCAGGCUCUUGGCCAACGACUCCAAUAACCAGGCGCUUCUGGCGUCCAUCAACUCUUCAGGGAAGCUCCACAUGAUCCCGUCCAUGGUUAAGGACAAAUACACUAUGAGGUUUUGCGUAACUGCCGAGAAUGCCACCCAAGAGGACGUGGAGCGGGCCUGGAGGAUCAUCGACCGGCACGCUUCCGAAUUGAUCGACGCCAAGGGCGCGAAGAAGGAGGCGAUCAGACCCACGUUGUCCAGGCAACAGUCCAAGAGGUUCUCGUUCGUGAGGAGCGUCUCCAAAGAGAUUUACCAGAGGUCGAGGAGCAAAUCGAACCUUCUGGACGGUGCCACGCCCAUUUUGGUGGCGGAUUCCGACGAGGAGGACGAAGAGUACGGCGCGGGGUGCACGGACGGUAUCCUGGACUCGUUGGCCACGAGUCCAGAGGACGAGGUCUUCUUCGACGAGUUCAAGAGGGAUUUGAGGGCGACGCCCAAGCCGACGCAGGAGAUCGGGUGCAACGGCGUCUGAGCGUCCUCCAUUGCUACUUCCAAUGUUUCCCCCCCGAAGUCAGUAUUAUACAUCGCCAUUGUACAUGUCCAAAUAAAUUAUUUUUUUAUGCAAACGAGUUAGUUAUUGACACCGACAAUGAAUUCACGAACGCGAGGUUUAACGCCCUCUAGUGAUUGUGUCCAGGAAAAAGCGCGGGACGUACGGUUCAAUUCAAUUUAAAUUUUGAAUGAAAAUGUAAAAAAAAAAAUAAUUUACGUCGAAAUUGUCGAAAAUUAUUGAAAUUUAUGAAAUUAAUAAACAUCUGAAAAUACAU